AUGGAGCGGCUGAAAGCUGGUUACGAGAAGUUCAGGGAGGCCAAAGGCCAUCUUCUGACCGAGGCUGCCGAGGCCGCCGUACCAGUGAUGCAGAAGUUCAUGCCAGCCGUGCACGGGCGGCAGCACACCAUUGCCGGCCGCGGCCCUGUCAGUCGUUCCGUGACAGAGCUGCGUCAGAUCAGCGAGGGCGGCUUUGCUUUCGUCUGGCUCGUCCAGGAUGCCCGAAGCAAUGAGGAGCUGGUCCUGAAAAAGAUCCGCUGUCAGGACAAGUCGUCUUUUGCCAUGGCAAGGCGUGAAGUUCAGCUGCUGGAGAGACUACCGCAGCAUCCAAACUUGGUCCAGUACUAUGGCGACAUUAUCUUGACGGAGGGAAAGACCAGAGAGGUCGGCCUGCUCUUUGAGUUCUGCUCAGGGGGGCACCUCCUACAUUUCCUCGACAAGCACGAGGGGAAGCUCUCCGAGAAGCUGAUUGUCCAGACCUUGUCUGAAGUGGUGGCGGGCGUCGCCGUGCUGCACAGCUUUCUGCCUCCGGUACAACAUCGCGACUUAAAGGUCGAGAACGUGCUUCGAGGCAGCGAUGGGCACUGGAAGCUCCUAGACUUCGGAUCAUGGAGCGAUGAGUGCCUCGAGCCAGGGACCAUGGACAAGCCCGCGCUGUCGGCCCUCCAGGAGCAGAUAGACAAGUACACCACGAUGAUCUACCGUCCACCGGAGAUGGUUGACUUCUACGCCGAGUUUCCGAUUUCUGAGAAGGUCGACGUGUGGAUGAUCGGCUGCAUCCUCUACACCUUGAUGUUCUACAGGCAUCCCUUUCAAGAUGAAUCGCCUUUGGCCAUUGCCAAUGCUCGUUUCCCCUGGCCGUCCAUGCCGGAGCACUCCGACAAGCUGCGAGAUCUCACGCAUUGGCUCCUGGCAAGGGACCCCAGCCACCGCCCGGACACGGUCACACUCCUGUCGCUUCUCCUUUGCUUCGACGAAGCCGAGGUAAACCCGCCCCGACCCGUUCUCGAGAAGUCAGAGAGAAUUCGGCGGCUUUACGAGCCCACGGGGAAGUCUUGCCGAGAGCCGGCGUCGCCGGUGUCGCCGAGAGUGGGCGACACAGGCAGCAGCGAUGCCGUGGCCGGCGACGGUGAGAGGAAGCGGUCCAAAUCGCACAAGCACCGGCAGGCCUCCAAGAAGAAGGCCGAGAGGGGACUCUACAGAUAG